CCGGAGCCGAAACGCGCAGGCCCGUCCCGGCGGUCGGGGGGCGGGCGGGGCGGGGGCGCCAUGUGGUUCAUGUACGUGCUGAGCUGGCUGUCGCUCUUCAUCCAGGUGGCCUUCAUCACGCUGGCCGUCGCGGCUGGACUUUAUUACCUGGCAGAGCUGAUCGAAGAAUACACAGUAGCCACCAGCAGGAUCAUAAAAUACAUGAUCUGGUUCUCCACAGCUGUGCUGAUUGGCCUCUACGUUUUUGAGCGCUUCCCAACCUGCAUGAUUGGCGUGGGCCUCUUCACCAACCUUGUCUACUUUGGCCUCCUCCAGACCUUCCCCUUCAUCAUGCUGACCUCGCCUAAUUUCAUCCUGUCAUGCGGACUAGUGGUGGUGAAUCAUUAUCUAGCCUUUCAGUUUUUUGCAGAAGAAUAUUAUCCUUUCUCAGAGGUCCUGGCCUAUUUCACUUUCUGUCUGUGGAUAAUCCCAUUUGCGUUCUUUGUGUCACUGUCGGCUGGGGAGAACGUCCUGCCCUCCACCGUGCAGCCAGGAGAUGACGUGGUCUCCAAUUACUUCACCAAAGGCAAGCGGGGAAAACGCUUAGGGAUCCUGGUUGUCUUCUCCUUCAUCAAAGAGGCCAUCCUACCCAGUCGACAGAAGAUGUACUGAGCCCCUUGGGGACGGGACUUUGGGGCAAGACUAGGAGAGUAAGGCCCCUGUGCCUCUGUACUAGCUGGGGGCCGUGAACCUGGAAGGCACCUUCCCUCAUCCUUGGACUUUCCCUGAAGCCCCCAUCUUCACCAUCCAGGAGGGCCUGAGCUUGGCUCAGAUCUGAUAGUUUGAGGCCGCGACUUCAGGGAACCAGGGAGGAUGGCAGGGCCUGCUUAGCCCGGAGGCUGUGGUCUUUGUGGCUGUACAGACGCUGCGCUCCCCGUGGCCCCGGCGCUCCCUGUCUGUGGUGGGCCCAGAGGUUCUGACUCAGCUGGGGCCGGCGGGGCAGGCAGGGUAGGCCAUGAAGCUGGAGAGCAGACCGCGAUAGGUUCUCUGGGCCCAUGGCCUUGGGUGGGCCAAGGCUCAGCAAUUUCAAGAGAAAGUUCUUGCUGUUGAACUGUGAUUCCUGUCCAAGUGCUGAUUCCCAUUUGAAUAAAGUUUUUAGGUGGCACUGUUUGCCUUAAUGCCCUGAAAGUUAUUCUUCCUGUUGACCUUCUGCUCUGGACUGCAUUGGCUUUUCUGCUCCAGGCACCCCUUUUCUGUGUUAGGGUCUGUCCUUCUGAAAGGACUGAUCAUGUGACGUUGGUGAGAAAGGGGCAGAGAUCAGGAGCUGAGCCUGGUCGGGAGGGAACCAGGGGAGGAAGGGUGGGGCACCCUUUCUUAUGCCCCUCUUUUCUUCUGUGUCUUCUUUCCCCAAGGCUUCAUGGCUGUCAAGCUGGGGUUUGAGAGAGGACACUUGGGACUGGGUUAGAUUUUGAAAAGAACAUCUAAGGUAUUUUGUUUAUGUUUCCCCCUGGGGAACGAGAGUGGUUUCUGCCUGGAUUCUGUCUUAGGCUCAAGGAGAAACAAAAUAAAAAUUGGCUUCUGGGCAGCCUGAGUUACAGCCUGUUUCUCAUGAAGUAGAACUCAUGGGAGCACAUGGAGCUGGUCAUCUUCUUGGCCCUGGGGGGUGACCUUAGCGGUCCAGGGAGGAGGGCCACCCCCUAGGCACAGACCAGCGUCCGCUCACUUUGCGCUCCGAUGACAGUGCCUUGCAAGUACUCAAGAGUACGUGUUGGGAUGAAGCCCCCAUGAGAGUUGCUGGCCGUGUCCCUUACCAGUGCGAGGCUGGCAGACACAGAGCCGGACUGCACACUUGUACCGUUCAGUCACUGGAAGACACCUGUGCUUAAAAAUCUUUCCUGCACAUCCCACCGCAAGUCCCACUGUAGCCCUUCAUUUCCUCGACUCUAGCCUUUCCCGUUCUCUUCAAAAGGUGAACCUUCCCUUUUCCAUGGGCAGAGUAACACUUCUUGGUCUUCUCUUGUUGGGACUGAGGUUGCCAGGCCAUUUUCACCUAUGCACACAAGGGCGAGGACACUGGAGGCCGUUGCCAUCCUUCCAGGCCCCGUGCUCUUGGAGGUUGCCCGUGGCCUGCACCGAGGAUGCGCGGGGCCCUUUUCAUAUCUUACUGGAGCUGCAGCAUCUGACAGGGCUAAUUACCAGCUUCUUGACUCCCACGCCCCUGGCCCUUCCGUGGCAGGCUUUCUUCCUACCUCUCUGGCUGCUCCCUUCAGCUCCCGGUGCAGGCUUCUCUCCCCACGCACAGUGGGGUUUCUCAGGGUUCUGUCGUGGGCUCCCUGGAGGAGUCCAUCCAUGUUGAUGGCUUCAAGGAGCCUGCUGAGGAACUGAGAGUUGAUCUCCAGCCCAACAUCCUUCCUGAUCUUCUGAACCACAGUUCUAUUCCCUUUUGGAUGCAGAGACAACGCUCAAGGCCCAGAUGGCACUUGUGUCCAUCCUCUACACACUUGCUCUUUUGGGCACUUACUGUGGCCCCAACGUCACUCGAGAGCCAGACAGGGACCUGCUUUCUCUUCCUUCUCCCCGCCCAACCUCCACAUCCAAUCUCUGUUAAAUUUCCCUCUUUCAGUAGCUCUGAGCCAUUCUGUCACCAGCUUUCACUGACAAUUAUGACAGCCUCUUUCCACUUCUCUAUGCCACAACCUGUUGUGUUUCUAAUCUGAUCAAGUCACUCCCUAGUCUGCAACAUUCGUAGCUUUCCACUGCCCCCGAAUAAAGUCCAGACUCCUUAACAUGGCUUGUUAAGACUCGUGUCCUGGUUCCUGCUUACCUCUCUGGCCUCAUGACCUUGCACUCCAUGCUCUAGGCCUUCUCUGUCAAUAUGCCACUUUGCUUUUCCCUUUCCUCUGGAUACCUUCGCUGUCAGUUCUCAACUUAGAUUUCAUUCCUUCAAGGAGCUUUGAAUAUCCCCUCUUCUCCAACAUACCAUACCGAUCACUCUGGACUUAUUUGCCUACUUACUGGUCUUUCUCCCCUCUAGACUGUAAGCUCCUUGAGGGCAGGAACUGUCCAAUUUUUGUAUGAACAGCACCUGGCUUGGUGCCUGGCACAUAGAAAGCAUUCAAUAAAUGUUUGUUU